AUGCAGCAACCAGAGUGUGCGUCGCCAUUUUGGGCAAAAGUGCAGAGAAUCGUCGGUCGCAUUGGUUUCGGCGCCAAAGGAGUGGUUUACGGACUCGUUGGUGGAAUGACGGUGGCCAGCGGGUCGAAACUAAACGACAAAGACUACGAAGAAAGUCCUAAGGGUGCUUUUGUGUUGAUUGGAGACGCUCCUUCAGGCUCAGGAGCUUUGUUCAUUCUUCUGCUUGCUCUGUGGUGCUACUCAAUUUGGCGGUUCUGGGAAUGUUUCACAUAUCGAGGCCGAGAUGCGACGUUCUCAGCGACAAAGAACUUCUUUCGGUUCAGACUCAGCCCCUUCGUUAGCGGCUGUGUCUACAUCGCCUACUCCUACUACAUCAUCACCAUGCUUCUCAACAACUACGAAAACAAAGAGCCAAGCUGCUAUCCUAACUGCUGGCGGGAUUCGGUCUUGGGCCGCACGAUGUUAGUCAUCAUGGGAAUCGCUUUCCUCAUUGCAUGUAUAACCCAGUUGCAGAACGCUUUCACCGGCAAGUGGCAUUCGGAAAUCGAUUGGCAUCGCGCCAACAAGAAGUGGGAGAAAUGGCUUCUGUUGACGCUGGGCCACAUCGGAUACCUCGGAAGAGCGGGCAUCUUCGUAUUCGUCGCCACACUGGAGUUCAAAGCGCUCAAGCACCCUGUGCAGCAAUCCGGUGACCAGUUUGCGGAUGGCCUGUCGCAGUUGCUCGGUAGCACGUCGGGGAGGAUAGCAAUGAUAUUCACAGGGCUGUGCACGCUGAUCUUUGGCGUGUUCUGCUUGCUUUGUGUGAUAUAUCGACAAUUCCCUACGCCGCCGCCAAGUGGAAAACCGUACGUUGGCAAAAAGUAA